CGGGGCUGGGGAGCGAGCCCACGGUCUGCCGCUCGUGGGGGCUUCUGGGUGGGCCAUGGACCGCUGCGAAGAGGGCGGCGCGCCCCCCGCGGGACUGGUGGGGUCCCCUGGAGUUUGCGGCGAGGGGUUACAAAAGAAGGGGCCCCGGGAGCGGCGCCGGCUGAAGGCGACGGAGUCGGAGCGGCUUGGCGGGGACCUGCUCAGGCUUUUAAGGGAAGAAAUUCAUACAGAUGUGGCUUUCUCUAUAGAUGGCACUUUGUUCAAAGUACACAAAGCAGUCCUAUUAGCAAGAGUUUCUGACUUCUAUUUUCAUAUUGUUGGAAAGCUAUCAAAUAGUUUAACAAAUCAUGGGCCUUUUCCUGUGAGGAAUGUUGAAGCUUCAGAAUUUAGAACAUUUUUACAGAUUAUAUAUUCAUCAAACAGAAACAUAAAAACCUAUGAGGAGGAAAUGAUUAAAAAAAUGAUAGUGGAAAGUGAUAUGCCAGAAAAGAAUCUUGACUUUAAUUUUCAAAAGUAUAAAAAUUCAUCUAAAUGUUCACUUGAGAAGCAAGAAAUUCCAGAGAAUGUCACUGAUAAAGAUGACAACUUAAUUUCUAAUGAUAAUUAUGACUUAGAACCAGCAUCUGAAUUAGGAGAAGAUUUAUUGAAGCUUUAUGUGAAACAUUAUUGUCCAGAUCUUGAUAUUUAUGUUGAUGGGAAACGUUUUAAAGCUCACAGGGCCAUUUUAAGUGCCAGAUCUAGUUACUUUGCUGCAAUGCUGAGUGGCUGUUGGGCCGAAAGCUCCCAAGAAUAUAUUACUCUUCAAGGUAUAAACCAUGUAGAAAUGAAUGUUAUGAUGCAUUUUAUAUAUGGAGGAACUUUGGAUUUUCCUGACAAAGCAAAUGUUGGACAGAUACUCAAUGUCGCUGAUAUGUAUGGGCUAGAAGGAUUAAAAGAAGUGGCAAUCUAUAUUUUAAGAAGAGAUUACUGUAAUUUCUUUCAGAAGCCUGUUUCCAGAACAUUGACAUCUAUUCUAGAAUGCCUCAUUAUUGCUCAUUCAGUUGGAGUGGAAAGUCUUUUUGCUGACUGCAUGAAGUGGAUUGCAAAGCACUUUGCAAGGUUUUGGUCUGAGAGAAGCUUUGCAAAUGUACCCCCUGAGAUUCAGAAAAGUUGUCUUAAUAUGUUGAUUCAAUCUUUAAGUGAUAAGAAUGCUGCUUUUCUUCUGAUGGAAAGUGAUAGGCUGAUCUUCAGUUUACCCAGAGUAAAAUGGACAGAAGCAGCAUUGGCCAUGGCAUCUCAGCUCCAAGAAAAGUGCAUUGCAUUCAUUGUAGAAAACUUCCCCAGCAUCAUUCAGAGUGAAAAUUUCACUCUUCUCUUACAGUCACAAGCGAUGAGCAGCACAGCUGAUCUGUUGGACAAAAUUUUAAAAGCAAUUGAAGAAAAUAUUACCACCGAAAAUAGUUGCUCUCUUUUUAUGGGUCUGGAAACAUUACUGAACUCUGAAAUUACAAAAGAAAUGGUACUAAAUGGUUUUACGUGCACGAUCCAGGCUCUGCGUGAUAAGCUGUGGAUCUUCCUGGUUCAGUCUUUCUAUGCUGUUCGUCACACAGAAAGCUGGAAACUGAUGAGCACAGAUGAUCAACAGAAAAUCAAAGCAGCUGCAUUUGACAAAGGUGAUGAUCGAAGACUUGGCAAAAAGCCUAUAUUCACUAGCUCUCAGCAAAGGAGACAAGUUACUGAUUCUAGUGUCAUAAAAAGCAAAUCUUGGAGGGCAAGUAAUAAAAAAGAGUGUUGGAAUUCUCUUUCUGCUAAUCAAAAAAUGAAAUCUGAUGGAUUAGGAGCAUCUGGACAUUCCUCAAAUGCUAAUAGAAAUACUAUGAGUAAAACUUUGAAGCAUGAUGAGUUCAAGGAAAAGGAUGGUACAAAAGUAACGUCUAAGAUCACUAAAGAAUUGAAAAAUGGGGAAAGAAAUAUUCCUGAAAAGCCCAAAUCUAUAAUAAAGCCCAAAGUAGAAAGAAAUGAUAAUGCAAAGUUGGAAACCAUGUCACAAAAAGGUAUGGAAAGAUCAACAGCAGCAGCGGCAGCAACUGGACAGAAAAGUUCAUUAAAUGGAAAAGGAAUAAGAAGUCAGGAAGGGCAAAUUACAGGAGCAAGACCCAAACUAUUUACUGGGAACUUAAAUGUGCAAGCCAAAGCAAAGCCUUUGAAAAAGGCGACAGGAAAAGACUCUCCGUGCCUCAGAAUCACAGGACCCGCCUGCAGAUCUACAAGUUCAAGUAUGGAGCUACUCAUUUCUAACACAGGCCUGGAUGAACCAACAGAUAAAAGAUCAGGAGAGGAAGAAAAGUCUUCUGGAGAGAAGCUAUACUCAUGUGAUUCUUCAGGACCAAUGAUGAAAAACAGUGUGGACAGUGUCAAAACUUCCACUAUAGUAAAAUCUCGACUUGUUUCAAGAAUUACCAAUGGAACUUCCAAUAAAAAAAGCAUCCGUGAACAAGACAUAAACAAUAGUGUAAUAAAAAAGGGCAUUGGCAACGGAUGCAGUGAUCCAGUACCACAGGCAAUUUUGAAGAAAAGAGGAAAUAGCAAUGGAUGUUCUCCGGCUCAGCAAAGGACAAAGAGUGCCCCAUCUAAUCCUGCUAAAACUCAAGGACCCCAAGGAGACUCACCAAAUUCAGUAAAAUCCUCAAUCUCUUCAAGGCAGUCUGAUGAAAAUGUGACAAAGUUGAACUACAAUACAACUACAGAUAAACAGACACAUAAGAGAAAAAUAAUCAAGCAAGGACAUACCACUUUGCCAAAGGUUAAUUCAAAAAUUGUGUCAGUGCCUAAAAAUCUAAAUCUGUCAAAGAGAGGUGAAAUUUUGAAUAAUAAAGAUUCAAAGCAAAAAACACUUUCUGGACAGAUUACAUUGAAAACCCAGACUACUCAGAAACCUUUAAAAAGCGAAACAUUGGUUGUCCAAAAAAGUAUGCUUCGUGAUGUGCACAAUAAUAACAAGUCCAGCAUUGCUGAACCAAAGCUUCACAGACCUCUGAGUAACCAUUCAUCUAAAAUGAGUGGUGUGGAAGCAUUCCAGUCAUCAUUCAGAUCCAGCCCACAAAAGCCUCUAAACAACCAAGAACAGAAGUUGGUGUUAGAAUGCCAAAACGUUUCAAAGCUAGAUAAAUCAAUAGAGCAUGAACUGAAAUCAAAACAGACUUGUUCCGAUAAAAGUGAAACAAAAUUUCCCAAUCACCAAGACACAAACCAUGGGAAUUCAAUUAAAAGAUAUUCUCUCUCUGAUGGGAGUGAUAAUUUAGAUUCAAAAUUUGAUAGCACCACUGCUCUAAAAUCCAUGAUUUCAAGUCCAAAUGAAAACUCUUUAAGCUUUAAUCCAACGUGUGGUUCAGACUUCUCAAAUGCAGAACAAAUCCAUUUAAUAUCAGAUGGAGAUAAACAGGUAGGGAGACAAGACAUAAACAAAACAUCAGCCAUAGUGAUACCUUGUGUCUCUGGGAGGACAAAUGGUACCUUAGAUUCUAUUCAGGAUGACAGAGAAUCUAAAGUCCAUGCAGAUCUGAUAGUUUCAAGUCAGGUGUCUGAUCACUCUGCUGUGAAGGAAAAUAAACAUGCUCUAGCAGAUAUAUGUGUUUCCUCCAAAUGUGUUCCUAUACAACCAUCAGGAAAAAUUUCCCCUAAAAAUAUGGAAACAGCAGAAACUCCUGAGAGCCAUGAAACUCCAGACACUCCAUUCAUGGGCCACUGGAAUUUGAGUGCCCCUGUCAUGCACCCAAGAGAGAGUCCUGAGUCUGACACAGGCAGUGCUACCACAUCCUCCGAUGACAUAAAGCCCAGAUCAGAAGACUACGAUGCUGGAGGGUCUCAGGACGAUGAUGGCUCCAAUGACAGAGGCGUUUCUAAAUGUGGCACGAUGCUGUGCCAUGAUUUUCUUGGAAGAAGUAGCAGUGAUACUAGUACUCCUGAAGAGUUAAAGAUAUAUGACAGCAAUUUAAGGAUUGAAAUAAAAAUAAAGAAGCAAAGUAGCAAUGAUCUUUUCCAAGUUAACUCAACAAGUGAUGAUGAGUUUCCCAGAAAAAGGCCAGAAAUUUGGUCUCGACCUACAGUUGUUCACCAAAGGGAAAAAGACAGUACUUCCCGAGGCAAUGUUCAGUUUGUUCAGGAAAUAGACCAGGUUUCCUCUUCAGCAGAUGAAACAGAAGAUGAGAGAUCAGAAGCAGAGAAUGCUGCGGAAAAUUUCUCUAUACCUAACUUAGCUACUCAGCAGUUUCAGGGAAUCAUUAACUUAGCUUUUGAAGAUGGAACUGAAAGCGAAAGCCGUGAGUUUUCUGUGACUAAAAAGUUUAAAAGAUCAGUUUUGCUUUCAGUAGAUGAAUGUGAAGAACUGGGGUCUGAUGAAGGGGAAGCACACACCUCCUCUCAGCCCUUUGUGGGUUCUCUUUCACCUGAUGUUUUCUAUGGUGUUUCUAACAAACAACAUGGGGGCACCUGCUAUUCCAGAGUCCCACAAGAAAGUGAAGAUCAAAUUUUACAGUGUAAACAAGAUAAAGGCAAUCGUAUCUGCAAAAAUGAAGGCACCCUUUUGAGUUUUAGUAACAUUGACUCUUCAAGGAAAGAUAAACAUAGUGAUACAGCCACAGACCAAAAGACUACAUUAGAUGCCCUGUCCAAAGAAGGACAACUUUUUCCAGAAGAUAAAAGAGUAAACAGUAGAAGUGAUAAAGAGAGUGACUUUCAGCAACAUAGUAAAUUCUUGAAUAGUGAUAUGAAGUCUCAAGAAAGACCAUGCCAUUUGGAGCUUCAUCAAAGAGAACAGAAUUCUGACAUACCAAAGAUCAGUUCUACAAAAUCUCUGGACUCCUUUCGGAGUCAAGUCCUGCCUCAGGAAGGUCAAGUGAAAGAGAGCCAUUCUACAACUACCGAAAAAGCUAAUAAUGCUUUAUCUGCAGGAGACAUAGAUGAUUGUGACACACUGGCCCAAACCUGCAUGUGUGACCUCCGGCCUUCAAAAACCCUCUCUCCAAUAUAUGAAAUGGAUGUAACAGAAGCAUUUGAGCAGAAAAUGGAAACAGAAACACAUGUUGUUGCAUCUGUGGAUUUAGAAGAUGACCAACACUUUGCAAAGCAAGACUGGACACUACUAAAGCAACUGCUGUCUGAACAGGAUUCAAACUUAAAUAUUACAAACUCUCUUCCUGAAGACCUAAAUCUAGCACAGUAUUUAAUCAGUCAGACCCUCCUUUUAGCACGAGACAACUCUAAACCUCAGGGUAUAGCACAUGUUGACACUUUGAACAAAUGGAGUGAACUAACAUCUCCACUUGAUACUUCCUCAGCAAGUAUCACCAUGGCUAGUUUUUCCUCUGAAGACUGUUCCCCACAAGGGGAAUGGACAAUUCUAGAACUGGAAACUCAGCACUAAAAGUCUUAACAUUUUGGAAAAAUUUAAACUAUACCACCCCUUUAUUUUUGAUGCCUAUAUUAUAUCCAAAUUAUAAUUAGCCAAAAUAGAUUAUCUCAAUAUUACUGAUGUCUUUCUAAUUUAUUGAGGUAAACACUUAUUUAUUAGUAAGAUAUUACAUGUAGGAAAAAGUUUUUCUGAAAUUUUGAGCACGUUUUGUAUAAUUAUUAGAGAAAUUAGAAGACUUGUAAGGAAGCCCUGGCUUCGGUUUUCCUUUCCUACCUGAUCCUUUGUUCUUGUUUAUUAUUCAAGAAUUGGAAAUGUGAAUGUACAAAUAGAUCAGUCCCUUUACUUUUAGCUUUGCAUAUGGUACCAUAAUAAUUUAACAAUAAAGAACCUACUGUGCUUGUGUCAGA